AUGUCACGAUUAGUAGACUUGACGGAUCUCAAGGAGAGUUAUCAAAACGAGUUUUUACAGUAUAUUGACUCGUUUCCCUCUCCGAAGGAACAUGGAGUGUCUAAUUCAUUUCUUCUGGAGAACACCGCGGAUGCAUUAACUCCACCUGAUUGUAAAUCGGUGGUUUUCAUACUCACUCCCAAUGUCGCGGUAAUUGAUUCCACUCAGGCGUUCGUUUGCAGGCAACAAGAAGCGUAUCAAUUAGUACAAGGUUUGAUGAGGUUUCAAUCGUUAUACGGAUUGUUCCCGGUUCUACGAGCAAAGGGUGACAAAGCGAAGGAAGUUGCCAAAAUGUUGUUACGGAUGCGACAGGAAGCUGAUAUGUCCAAGUCCUGUGUCACUCCGUUUGCCGAGUUGGAACCCCAGACAGACAUGCUGAUAUUACUCGAUCGUUCUGUGGACCCACUGACUCCUUUGCUAAGUCAGCUCACGUACGAAGGGCUUAUCAGUGAGAAAUGGGGCAUUCAGUACGGUGUAUGCCGUUUUGAUGGAGAGGUUGGUCUAAGUCCCAAGAUUUCCAAACGACUGCCCUUGACCUCGAAAGAUGAGGUUUUCAACGAACUACGUGACCAGAGCUUCGUUUCGGUGGGAAGCACUUUGGGUCGUCGUAGUAAAGAAAUAUCCGCACGUAUUCAUGUCUUACGUUUAAUUUGUUUGCAAUCUUUCUGCAAUGGAGGUCUGAAGCAACGUCUUUUGGAGUAUUACAAACGUGAGGUUCUCCAGGUGUACGGAUUUGAACACAUGUUUACGUUGGACAAUCUGGACCGCGUUGGUCUAUUGUACGACAGCUCCACUAUCAGUUCUUCUGAGGGUUCCGUCCCGCGCGUUUCACUCGCACCAAGCUCGGUGAGCAAACAGAAUUCAAUCGUUACUCGAAGAACAGUGACUGCCGUGAGCAGUAUGUUUGGUCGGACAUUGAGACGAAGUCUACGUCUCGUGAUCCCGCCAUCCACAACUUCGGAUCCGUCCGACACGGAACAGCAAUUAGCACAGAUCUACUCCAGCUAUAUCCCGCUGUCUGUUCGGUUGAUUCAAGCCAUGGUUGUUGGGUGGCCACCGAAACUCCCGGGCGGGAUUGCCGGACAAAUCUCGACCGCCAAUUCAAUUCCUACAGCCAUAGCAUUGGGGAAGCGCUUGGUUUCUAAACUCAGCACUGCUACUACUAAUGGAGGUGGUGGCCCGGUCCGUGGUCAGUCUCCAGCCCCAGGAAUUCCAAUCGCUACCUCUGUGGGCGGCCCUGGUUCAUCACAGGAUGGGGGAAACUUUGUUCUCAGUCUCAUGCCUGGUGUACACUUUGAAGAAACGCAAUUUUCCGGUGAAUAUGUGGAAUUUAACAAAAACAAAACAUCCAUGGACAAACGGAACAACAAAAUGCAAGUGAUUGUCGUGACUUUUAUCGGUGGAGUGACCCAUGCGGAAAUUUCCGUGCUACGUAAAUUGGCUGCGAUCUACGCCACCGCUCGAGAGGAUCCAUUGAAGACUGCCGCUCCUACUGGUCAACACCCGUAG